UAAAGACAGUGGAAAUAUUCUUCAGCAACUAUGGAUGACAAGACGAUAGAUUCCAUAUUUGCGGGCUCCUUGGAGUCGCUGCCUCCGGUCAGUUCGAAAAUAGUGCGGAUUUUUACUAGUUCCACAUUUACAGAUACCACAAUGGAAAGGAAUUCGUUAAUGGCCAAGUGUUAUCCUCGCAUCAAGGACUACUGUCGGGAGAAACAUGGUUUGGAAUUUCAGGUAGUGGAUAUGCGAUGGGGUGUGCGUGACGAGGCUACCGAUGAUCAUAUGACCACUGAGCUGUGUAUGCGUGAAAUUAAGAACUGCCAACGACUCUCGAUGGGUCCAAAUUUUGUGGUUUUUUUGGGCCAGAAGUACGGAUAUCGACCAAUACCGACAUAUAUCUUGUCUUCGGAAUUGCAACUGAUUUGCGAAGAGCUAACUUCGAUGGGUGUGGACCGAGCCCUCCUGGAUUUGUGGUAUAAGAAGGAUAGCAAUGCAGUGCCACCCAUUUCUGUUCUGCAGCCCAUAUCGUCGAUUCUCAUCAAUUUCAAUAAUAAAAGAGUUCCAAAGCUGCAAGCAGAAGAUCAAGCCAUAUGGUGGGACACCUUGGGCAAAAUGCAAAAAUUACUUAGAAAAGCUGCUGCAUCGUUGGGUGCCAGUGGCAAAAUGGACAAAGAUGCAGUGCAUAACUAUUUUAUGUCAGUUACUGAACGUGAAGUCAUCAACGGUGUCCUCAAUGUAAAGAACACAAAAAAUCAUUGUUUGGCCUAUGUCCGCUACAUCAACAACAUCAAUCUGCAGAACCUGAAGAAGGCCUCCCUGUUCGUCGACAUCAUAAAUCGCAGCUUGGACACCGAGUCGGCAAAACUGUUGAGUGAUCUAAGGGACAAUCGUUUGCCGGCAAAGAUCGAAUCGAGCAACAUGCAGAAAUACACCGUCGAAUGGAUCGGACGCGAAGGACUCGACAUAGAAACGCAUGAGGAGUACCUGAACCAUUUCAUAUCGCAUUUCUAUAAGAACAUUGUGAAGCUGGUGGACCGAGCUAUGCGCAAGGAAGACUCCAGCGCACAGGGACAGAUAGUCACUGAAAUCCUUCAGCAUUUGCACGCUUGCAAUAAUUCGGUUAAAGUAUUUUAUGGACGCGAAGAAAGUCUAGAAAAAAUCAAGCGUUACAUGCUGGAGGAUUCAGAUAAACCACUUGUCCUUUAUGGCGAAGGAGGUUGUGGCAAAACCUCACUUUUGGCUAAGACCGCUGCCUUGGUAGCUGGCGAGUGGUUUUCGGACAAAAAGCCCGUCAAUAUAAUACGCUUCUUGGGCACCACUCCCGACUCGAGUGCACUGACGCCGACUCUAAUAUCGAUUUGCCAACAGAUUUCGUAUAACUAUAUGCUACCAUUCGAGAAUAUACCCGACGACUUGGUACCAUUAACAGCACACUUUAAGCAAUUACUAACUUAUGCAAGUCCGAAUCAACCAUUGACUUUGUAUUUGGAUUCCGUAGAUCAAUUGACGGGUACCCAAGACUCGAAUAACGUGUCGUGGAUCCCAACACGCCUUCCGCCCCAUUGUAAGAUUGUUAUUUCCUGUGCGAACGAAGAAAGUAACCCAGUGGUGUCGCGUGAGUAUCAUGUCCUGAGAAAAAUGAUCGAUGUCGAAGAGAACUUCAUCGAAGUUACCGCAUUGGGCGAAGAUCUGGCAAUGAAUGUUAUCAAAAUGUGGAUGAAGACAGCCUGUCGUGAUCUAAACAAUUACCAGUGGCGUUUGGUGGCAAACGCCAUAAGUAAAUGCUCUCUGCCGAUCUUUGUGAAAUUGGUAUUCGCAGAGAUAUGUCGCUGGCGCUCCUAUACCAGACCGCAGGAGACACAUUUGGCCAACAAUGUUAUGGACUCGAUCAUGUUACUGUUCGAACGAGUCGAGAAACAGCACGGCCGUAUUUUGGUAUUCCAUGCAUUGGCAUAUAUAACUGCUUCCAAAUCAGGUCUGUCCGAAAGUGAACUGGAGGAUUUGAUAUCUCUGGAUGACAAAGUGCUCGACGACGUCUACCAGUAUCACUUGCCACCGGUACGACGCAUUCCGCCCUUGCUGUGGACACGUAUACGCAAUGACUUGCCCAAUUAUCUGAGUGAGCGGGAAGCUGAUGGUGUCAAUGUGAUGAACUGGUAUCACAGACAGUUCCGCGACACAGCCAAGGAACGUUAUUUCAAAAACAUGAACAUGGCCAUGUACUUUCAUUCCAUGAUUGCCGAUUACUAUCUGGGCAUUUGGGGUGGGGGUGUGCCAAAGCCAUUUAAGUUUACCGAGAUCCAGAGGCAUCGUUUCGGGCUGACCGAAAAGGAGGGCGCUGCCGAUCGUAAGGUACCCAUUCAACCGCUAGUGUUCACCAGCAAAGAUGGCAGUGCUAAGAGAUACAAUCUUCGCAAGUUCGGCGAACUUCCCUUUCACUUUGUGCGUUCGCGGCGCUUCAAUGAUUUGUUCGAACAUGUUCUCUUCAAUUACGAAUGGUUACAUGCCAAGCUGUCAAGCUGUCCCCUGCAAGCGGUAUUGGCAGACUUUGAAGACGCCUCAUGCAAUACAGACGAUAAAGAGGCGAAGAGGGAACUAAUGCUGGUGGCCGAUGCACUUAGAUUGGGAGGUGCUAUAUUGGCUGUCUAUCCCAAUAUGUUGGCUCCGCAACUGAUUGGACGUCUUUUGCCAGAAAUUGGAGGCAAUGCAAACAUUAAAAUGCUGCUCAGAGCUUGUGACCACUGCGGCCCAAAGGAUUGUGCUUUGAUACCGGUAAAUCAUUGCCUUCACACCCCUGGCGGCCCUUUGAAAUACUCCUUGGAAGGCCAUCAAUUUGCAGUUUUUGGAUUCACUCUAACCAGUGACAUGCGUUACAUGGUCUCGAUUUCAACGCAUUUCAUAACUUUUGAUCUUUCAACGUCGGAUCUCACGAGGGACGUCAACCCUGGCAUCGAGGGCAUAAUGCAACAGCUCGUUUUAAGCCCCGACAACAAAUGGGCCGCGGCCUACUCCAACAACAACCAAACAGUUCUACUCAAUAUGCUCUCUAGUGAAUUUGUGGUCAUAGACACGCCCUUUGACGAAUCUGACGGACCAAUUGGUAGUUUGUAUCUGAUAAAUCAGAGUUUAUUUAUUACAUGCAAGUUGAAGUGGGCCCAGUACGACAUGCGUGGCAAUUUGGUGGACAUCUUCACAGUGCCAGGCAACUGCAUGGGUUGGGAAAUAUUAAAUAUGGAGUUUACGACCCCCAAGGAUUACAAUAUAACAUUUUGGUCGGGAUCCAUUAGUGAGACCCGCAUACGAUUUGAGUCCUGUCGCAGGGGAGAAAUGUACUCGGAACCGUUGCAGUUCUACAGUGCAUUGGCCCUGAACAAGGCAAGAGACCGACUUUAUGGCUGUACAAACGAAGAAAAUUUCGAGGUUAGUGUCUUUCAUUUCGUCGACUCUUCGGAGGAAAGGCCAAAUAUAGGUUGGAUGCUAGAGAAAACGUUGCCUCGUUAUGAAAACGACGAAAGGGAAAUGUUACUGCAACUGCGUCUGGACCAAAAGGAUCGCAUGCUUCUUGGUACCGCUGGCAAAGGUUUCGUUAUAUGGGAUUUCGGCGAUCAGGAGGGCAACAGGCUUAGUGAUUGUGCUAUGUAUUUGCCUCUGCCCCAUGGUGUUCGGAAUAUCACAACAAAAACAAUGCAGUCGAACUCAAUAAUGGUCAGUUCGAAAUUGGACUAUGCGGUCGCGGGUGUACGCAAGAACUUAUAUGUUUGGUGUUUGCAAAGCCUACAAUUGGCCAAAGUACUCGACGCCCAUUUUGGCCGCAUAAUUCAGUUGGAAGCCCUUACAAUCGGUAGUUGGAAUAAUGUUGUUACGUCGUCAAUCGACAGAUCGGUUAAAGUUUGGAAUAUUAAUAACAUUUUCGAAAAGGUGCACGUCAUUGACCGACAUGAACUACAGAUCGACAAUAUAAGUCUUUCGGAGGUGGACUUGGCUGUGACUGUGACCCGAAGUUGCGUUGGUGUAUGGGAGACUCGAACUGGCAGACUCAUUACGAAAUUGGCGGAUAGUCCCUUGGGAGCCAUUGUUACACACGCAGAAAUCACACCCGAUGGUCGCUACAUUAUUUCGUCAGAAACGGGUAAAUUUUUGAUAUGGAACCGUGUUUCCGAACAGGUUAUAUACAGAGAUGACCAGCCAGGCAUUCAACAAAUUACAUUCAUGGAUUAUGGUUACAAGGUCAUGACAGUGUCGUGCCCGAAUUUAAAUCAGAAAGAAAUAAAAGAAGGCGACGAAACCAGUCGAUUAAUGGCCACAACCACAGUGAGAUCAGUGCCUGAGGGAUCUGUGCUCUUUCGAUUCGAAUUCGCCAUACGCUCGGUGCCCGGCUUAUCAUUUCGCCAGUCCGUAAUCACUGCUGACGGAGCAAGCAUCAUUGCAUGUUCGGUAGAUAAGUCAAACAAGGACUGUCUAGCUGUUUACAAUGCUGCCAACGGUUCGUUCAUUUCAAAAGUCCUACUCAAGGGUUGUAGCAUCAAAGAAGUCAUGUCACUCGUUCCCAUGCCCAACAAGGCAUCGCAAGUCGCGGUAAUAAGCAGUGAAAAGGGCAACAUUAUCGACAUCAAGAGUAAGAAGAACAUUCGUUCCAUACCUAAGUGGGGUGGUAGUAUAACCAAAGAUGGUAAAUGUGGUCUCUAUGCACCCACACGUGGUGGUUUAGAAAUGCUUGAAUUGCGUAAGGGUACUACCGUCAAGACCUUCAUACCCAAAGUGGCUGAGGGAGUGUUUUCUGUGAUCUGUAUAUUUACGGAAAACGAUGAAUAUGUUUGCUACUACCACAGUGGACGCAAGACCAUUCGUGUAUUUCGGACCUCCGAUACUGAAAUGAUUGCAAACUAUCGAAUGCAGGCCGAGUUGACGGCCAUUAAAAGUUCUAAGGAUGGUCGUUGUCUGGUUCUGGGCACCGUAGACGGAUGCCUAUCAACCCUGGCCAUUGUUGAUCCCAAAAAGGAAGGUAUGAUCGAGUGGUUAAAUGCUUUACCGUCACGAGAUGAAAACUGGAAAGCAAAGCUGGCUAAAAUGAAGGCAAAGGUUGGCUUUAAAGCUGCUAUACGCGUAGCAACCAUAUCAUCAAGGUUCGAUAAUCAAAAGUCUAAGCAGAAGGAGCUGAAGGACGACACCGAAGAAGCAAACAAUGCCGAAUCAAAUGAUGAGUCGUGA